UCUUCCGCUGGUCACGUGACCGCGGUCGUCGAGGGCAGGCAGUCGCCGUGCGGGCAUUGUGGGCAGUAGUCGGUGUCGUUCCUCGCGUCAUUCACGCUCUCUCUUUCAUUCCUCUCAUAGAGAGAGAGAUCAUUACAACGAUAAACAAACUCUCGUUGCUCCUCGUCAGUUCGUCAACGAUAAACGGAUUUUUUUGUUUGUUUCAACUGGUCGGCGCCCCCGCUUCAUGCGAUAUCGCGGCCCGCACAAGGGCAGCGCAGUGCAGCGGCGGCCGCGGCGGCUGCUUAGGCGGCGGCUACGGCAGCAGCGGCGGCCGCGGCAGCAGCAGCGGGAGCGGCAGCGGCGGCGGCCGUGGUGGUGGAGGUGCCCGCAGCAGUUGGGGCGGGAUGGGCGGGCGCCCCUGACGGAUCUCGUACUCCUCCUCCUCUCCGCCGCUGCUGCUACCGCUGGUGUUGCUCCUCUCGCAGCAGUUGCAACAGCAGCUGCUCCUGCUAGGGCUGCUGCAGCGGCAGUAGUGGCAGCAGCAGCAACAGCAGCGGCGGCAGCAGCAGCAGCAAGAUGACGUACGGCAGCAGGCCGACCCUGCGGUUGUCCGAGAAGUUCGUGCUGCUGCUCAUCGUGAGCGCCUUCAUCACGCUCUGCUUCGGCGCGAUAUUCUUCUUGCCGGACUCCAGGCAGCAGCAACAGUUGAAGCAACAGCAGCAACAGCAGCGGCAACAGCAGCAGCAGCAGGGCACGGGCACGCUCGUGCCAGGCGGGGAGGCUGCUGAUGGUGGCGGCGGCGGUGGUGUUGGUGGAGCAGGAGGAGAUGGGAGAGCGCAGGACGCGUCCGCCGCCUCGUCCCCUGUCCGAGCCGUGCGCCUUCAGCACGAGCGGGCACUCGAGGAGGCCCGCAGCGUCCUUCGCCGAAGCAGGGAGGGCAUCCUGAGCGACAUCCAGACGCAGAAGAACAACAUCCUGCGGGAGAACAAGGCCAAGACGAAGGCGGCUGCUGCUGCUGCUGCGGCGGCUGCGGCCGGAGCUGCCGCUGGAGUGAAGGUGCCCGACGUGAGGAUGCCUCGACUGGUGGGCGCCACGGGUGGAGAGCCGAAGGACCCCGCGACGAGGGAGAAGAGAGAAGCCAUCAAGCAGAUGAUGAAGCAUGCGUGGAACAACUACAAGCAGUACGCCUGGGGUGCCAAUGAGCUGAAGCCCAUUGCCAAGAAGAGCCACACCACAAACAUAUUCGGCAACACACAAAUGGGAGCCACGAUCGUCGAUGCCCUGGACACGUUGUACAUCAUGGAGCUACACGACGAGUUCCAGGAGGCCAAGGAAUGGGUGGAGAAGAACCUCAACUUUAAUGUGAAUGCAGAGGUGUCCGUGUUUGAAGUGAACAUCAGGUUUGUGGGAGGACUGCUUGCGGCAUAUUACCUGUCCGGGGAAGAGGUGUUCAAGAUCCGUGCUGUGGAGCUGGCCGAAAAGCUUCUGCCCGCCUUCAGGACGCCAACGGGCAUCCCAUGGGCCCUCCUGAACCUCAAGAGUGGGGUGGGGCGCAACUGGAACUGGGCGUCGUCAGGAUGCAGCAUCUUGGCCGAGUUUGGCACCUUGCACCUGGAGUUUGCUCACCUGAGCUACCUGACCGGGGAAUCCUCCUACAUUGACCUGGUGAUGAAGAUCCGUGGGAUCCUGCAGAAGAUGGACCGUCCCAAUGGGCUCUACCCCAACUACCUCCACCCACGCACAGGCCGCUGGGGCCAAUUCCACUCGUCCGUGGGCGGCCUGGGCGACAGCUUCUACGAAUACUUGCUCAAGGCCUGGAUCAUGUCUGACAAGAAGGACACGGAGGCGCGCAAGAUGUAUGACGACGCCAUCGAGGGCAUUGAGCGGCACCUGGUGCGCAAGUCGGAGGGCGGCCUCACCUACAUUGGCGAGUGGAAGAACGGCCACCUGGAGAAGAAGAUGGGCCACUUGACGUGCUUCGCGGGCGGCAUGUUCGCGCUGGGCGCCGACGGCUCGCCGGGCGACAAGGCGGGCCACUUCCUGGAGCUGGGCGCCAAGAUAGCGCACACGUGCCACGAGUCGUACGCUCGCACGGCUCUAAAACUCGGACCGGAGGCGUUCAAAUUCGACGGCGGUGCAGAGGCGGUGGCUGUGCGCCAGAACGAGAAGUACUACAUCCUGCGGCCCGAGGUUCUGGAGACGUACUGGUACAUGUGGAGGUUCACGCACGACCCCAAGUACCGCCAGUGGGGCUGGGAGGCAGCGCAGGCCAUCGAGCAGCACUGCAAGGUGUCGGGAGGCUACUCGGGGGUCAAGGACGUGUACUCGGGGUCACCCAUGCACGACGACGUCCAGCAGAGCUUCUUCCUGGCCGAGACCCUCAAGUACCUCUACCUGCUCUUCUCCGAGGAUGACCUGCUGCCGCUGGAUCACUGGGUGCUGAACACCGAGGCUCACCCGCUGCCCGUGCUGCACCCUCCCAACGCCACCGCGGGCGCCACCGCCCCGCACCGCGCCGCAGCGCCCGUGCAGUGAGCGCCGUGCCGCGAACCGCCGCUACCCUACCCUCGACCCGCGCGGCGGCCAGCUCUCCGAGGAUUGGACGGCAACACGAGGGCCUGGCUCUCGCCGGCCUGGGCCUCCACAACCUUAUCCACCCCCCCCACCACCACCGACUCCUCCCACCCACCCUCCCCACCACCGCGACGACUCCACGCGAGUUCCCAAGCGACGAGGAGAGAGCGAGAGACAAUGAGAGGAACGUGCCGGACUGCGACGUCGUGUGGAUUUGAACGGCGGGCCAAGCGGGGCACGCAAAGCGGAUUACGAUUUUUUUGUGUUUCCUUCCCCUCCCCCCCCCCCUCUUUAGAGUUUGCGUUAGAUUUUGGGGAUGGUGGUGGUGGGGUUUGGGUGGGGGGGGGGGGUGUGAUGGUUGUUUCCUGUCUCAUGUCUGUCCGGCGAUUGUGGGUUAACGAGAAGGGUGGGGGGUUGGGCCACGUUUUUCGUGGCGUUUACUGCAGCGGGCAAUGCGUGCCACUGCUGCCUGCCAUCGUACACACACACACCACACAGGCGGAUUGAUCUCCAUACCACAUACACACACACAACCCCCCCUUUUCGUUUUUCUCUCCCCGUGUACAGUUUAUUAGGGAUUAUGGUAUUAAUGCACUCAACAUUGCACACACGGACCGCAGAGGUCUUAAUCUUUCAAAGGAUAAAUAACCUCUUUGUCAGUUAUUAAUAAAAUAAAAAAAUGUAGAGUGACAUUGUCAAAAACAUUGGAAGUUAGUUAAGCUCUGUGUACAGUACUUGGGCGGAGUAUUACAGUGUAGUGGUGUACUUAACGCUUGAGUAUAUUAAGCAUUUUGGAUUCGUGUGGAAUGGACUGGUUGUGUGUGUGCGUGGUGAGAUCUGUGCACAUGUCAGCAGGUUUCAAAUGCCUCAAUAGUGGCAUCAAGCAAAAUCUACGUUGAAAAUAUAUCGAAGUCAACUUUGUCCUUGAUAUUUUUUUGUUUAUUAUGAUGACGAUGAUGAUGAUUAUCAUUGAUGAUGAACGGGACCAGCGCAAGAACCUCACUUUUGAUUCUAAACACCCGUCCACUUACCUCCCGCAUACGAAACAGUGAUAUGACGGGGGACACGUUCACAACCACGGCCCCUUGGAAUUUCCGCUACUUCCGUGCACAAAUCGACGGGCCAAGAAAAAAAAAAACCGAAUAAUUCACUGAACGACCGUAGGUCUGUGGCCUGGUUAUUACGGUGACUUUGUUUUGUUUGCCUCGCCUCUCGCCCGCGAGCGAGUGAGCGAGUGAACGAGCGCCGUGCUCGGCUCGCACGCCGAAGUCCACACCAGGAUGGAACGUCGUCGUCGUCGUCAGGAAGUCAAGCCAACAGCGCAGCCACUGUGCGACGCGUUUCCCUUCGUAACGGGACAUCAUUGAGAAUUUUUUUUUUUUUUUUACACCGUCACUGUAAAAGACUGAACGUCGAUGCCCGUAAAACUGGUUGCAAAGUGUCAAACGUAUCGGGACUUUACUUCUUAAUACUUUUCUUCCGCUCCGCGUUGACGACAUUCCUUGGCGAAGCGAAUUAUAAAUCCCCGUCGAAAUCAAAAACGGCAUCGGAACAAAUGCCGGAUGAAUCGUGAUCCCUCGCGGCGGCGUGAUAAUCCAAGGACAUGAUUUUAAAAAAAAAAAAACGUCGCUUCGUUUUUUUUUCCCUUUCCCACUUUUCGUUCUUAACCACAGUAGAGGGGUGUGGUGGGGACCUUGGGCCAACGCUCAGACAAGCGGGACAUGUUCGAGGGAGAAGCGUUGUGACUUACAUUGCCGUUGAGCCCCGGCUUGCUCCAGCCCGGCUAAUCGUUGCCUGCCAAGCGAUACGAGAAAGGGUCGAGCGGUUGCUGCUUUGUAAACGUGAAAACGUGCCUCUCUUAACCUGGCGUAUCGUCAAGCGGGGGGAGGUGGGGGGGGGGCGUGGACCCUCUGUAUUGUUGCAAUGCGGUGCAACGUUUGCGGUUGUGCACUCUACGGGCAGAAUAGGGCGUCGUCGUGAUUUGAAGGCUUGUGUGCGCGGAAAUUGACGACGUUUGGCGGGUAACGGGGUGAGCGUACAAAGCGAAACCCUUGUGCCGGUGCAGUGAGGCCCACAUUCGGUCCGGUUCCAGCAGCAGCAGCAGCUGCCCAGCGGAGCCAAAAAGACAGGCAAGGAGCUUGCAGAUCGCACAACCUUCUCCGUGUAAGAAGAUUGUUUUAGUUUUACUACUACUACUACACACGAUAACUUCACAUUAUUUUAUGGAGCCAGCCGCUCAAGCCCCGGAUAUUGACGGUGUCACUCUCCUCAUUUCCAUUUUAUCGUUGUGUACACGUGCAAGACAAUGUGAACUUUAAUAACGUCGAUUGCAAGAGAUUGGACUCCGGUUAAUGGGUAUCAGCCGUCGGUGUUCUUUCCAAUCAAAUGUUGUUUUAAUGCGGGCACUGUUGCGGGGUAAGAGACACGUCCUGCCACCGCCGCUGCCGCCACUGCUGCUCGUUAGUUUCGUGAGUUGGGAAGUCUUCCCGUUCAGCACGCAGUUCUUGGGCGGUCGUCAUUUUGCCUUUUUUAGUCACGCGGUUGGUUCAAGCUCCAAUCGUGGGGUUCUGUUGUUUCUACUUGGCGAGCUGAAGGCAGAUUGAGGGGACCGUGUGCGUCUAAAGUUCGGUAUGUCAUACGACACGUGUUGUGUCCCCCCCCCUCCCUUUCCCCGUCACCCCGCCAGGAUAGUCUUGCUGUACACUGCGUUGUUUUCCACGUGUGCGAUAAUCACCUUAAAGAGUCGCUGCUCUGGUGGGUUCUGGCGUCGUGCCAUGUUGUGAUCAUAAAACAAAUUUGUUUUCGAUUAAAAAAAAUCCCAGGCGAAUGUUAUCUAUCCGAUAUUUCCGUAAUGUUAUUUGCAGAUAUUUUCGCUUCAAAUGAUGGGGGUAUGGGGGGGGGAGGGAUUAAAAAUAUAUAUAUUUCCAAUGCAAUUGGGACAUUUUUACAACGAUAUUUUUCUUUUAAGUUACACAAUCCGUACGUUACGUUCUAGCCUAUUCUCAACGUGGAAUUCCAUCUUUUUACUUUUCGUAACGUGUGUUUUUAAAAAAAAAAAAGUGAAAUGCGUGUGCACUCUUGAGCAAUGGGAAAGGGCCUCGCGUUCUGCCAGCAAAAACACAUUUCAAAACCCAUUUUCUGUAGUUAUUUGCUGCAAACAGCAGAGCCACCGCCUCGUGUGAUUGGGUGACGCCACAGGGCCCAAAUAUGACCCCGGUGGUAAAGCCAGUCCCUCUAUUCUCUAAAUGCUUUCCGCCAAAGUGACCGCGUUGGUCCGGUGAUGAGAAUUGAGCUCCCAGCCUUUCGCGCUAAGCCGUGCCGUUGCGUGUUCCCUGGCGCUGAUGAGAAUUGUUUCUGUGCAGGGGUUACCAACACCGAUGUGUUGUCCCUAACGUGCACGGAAUUUAUUUUUUUCCCCUCGAGUGGAGUGCAAAGACGGCUGGGAUGGUGGACGAGGGAGCGACAUUUGGAGGAACACCGCCCCCCGGUCCUCUGGCGUGUAACGCUGUGAAAAUAAAUAAAUGCCCCCGCGGUGCCACGUGGUGACUCCUUUAAAGGAUGGCGAGCCCAGAUUUUGCGGAGCGUGUUUGAUGGGGGGGGGGGGGCAAUGUGGAAUCAUGUGACGCGGGGGGGGGGGGUAGCUUACGCGGGUGUGCAUGCCUUGCCUUGGGACCGCUUGCGAUUUUGAUCCAUUUACAGGAGCAAAAAAGAAAUAUACAUAGAAAAAAAUAACAGACACGCUGCGAUGAAACACGUCGCCCACGAUAAAAGCGUAAUAAUUAAGAAACAUUACAUGAACGCUCACAUCUUUUUUUUUCACCACCACCACCACUUCAUUAACUGUCCGCAUCGUGGGGGUGGGGGGGUCCGUGGGUAGUGACGGCAUCGCCUGACCGCUCAGCGCCCCGGGAUGUCGCGCACGAACGGAGCGAUGACGGUGGUGGUGGUGGGGGGGGCCCUUUUAAUUAUCAGCGCGAAAUACAUUUUGAGGGGCAUUGGGUGCUGCUUUUAAAUCGGCACCGAUUCAUUAGCGGGCGUGGGGGUGGUGGCGACUCCACGUUUUUGCGGCAGUCCGUAGCACUUUUGCUGUUUACUUUUCACUCUGUUGUGCUGUCUUGCUGACCCCCCCCGCCACUCCCCAAGAAGGAAUAACGGGGUCGAACGAAC